AUGAUAUUUGAAAUAUUCGUUUUGGUAGUGAUAUUGCCAAUGAUAUUCAUAGGUGUUCUAUUAUUUGGCAUAUUUGUGAUAGUGCCUUGUGCAUUUAUUUUUGCCUCAUGGUAUAUGAAAAUAAAAGAGAGAAAACUGCAAAGAAGGAAAAGAGAUGGCCCUAAUAUUGCAUUCUUUCAUCCAUACUGCAAUGCUGGAGGUGGUGGCGAAAGGGUGUUAUGGGUUGCUAUUAAAGCAAUCUUGACUAGAUACCCAGAUUCAAACAUUUACAUUUACACAGUAGAAACAGCAGAGCCUAUUACAAUUUUGAACAAAGUACAAAACCAAUUCAAUGUGAUAGUGGAUCAUGAAAAAGUGAAUUUUGUUAGACUAACGAUGGGGAAGACUAUUGAAGCUGAAACAUAUCCAUAUUUUACAUUGUUGCUGCAGAGCUUAGGAUCCAUGGUCUUGGGAAUGGAAGCAUUUUUGAAAUUCAAUCCUGAUAUUUACAUAGACACAAUGGGGUGUGCGUUCACCUACCCAAUAUUCCGCUACCUGGCCCAAUGUCCCGUGGGCUGUUACACCCACUACCCGGUGAUCACUUCAGCCAUGAUGAGGAGAGUGAAGCACCGCCUCACUUCAUACAAUAACAGCAGCGUGAUCGCACGCAACCCUUUGUUGACUUGGUGCAAGCUUUUCUAUUAUAAGGUUUUUGGAUGGCUGUACGGUGUGGUGGGGCGGUGCGCGGACAUCGUGAUGGUGAACGGCACGUGGACCGAAGAGCACAUCAACGAGCUGUGGAAUCGGCCCUUCAAAACGCACAGAGUUUAUCCUCCUUGUGAAGUAUCUGAGUUAAAAAAGCUGAGAUCGUUAGUGAAGGACUCUGAUCCGAUACAAAUAAUAUCAGUAGCGCAGUUCCGGCCCGAGAAGGACCACCCUUUGAUGCUUCAAGCGAUGUACGAGCUCAGGAAUCUGCUCAAAAACAACGAAAUGCUUUGGAAUAAGAUAAAGCUCGUGCUGGUGGGUUCGUGCCGCCACCCGGCGGACGCGGAGCGCGUGCAGCAGCUGCGCGACCUCGCCAAGCACCUGGCGCUGGAGGCCAGCGUCUCCUUCACCGUCAACGCGCCCUUCGCCGCUCUGCUGCAGCUCUACCAGACCAGCUCCAUGGCCAUACACGCCAUGUGGAACGAGCAUUUUGGCAUCAGUGUGGUAGAAUGCAUGGCAGCCGGCCUCAUCACCAUCGCCCAUCGCUCCGGAGGUCCUUUGGCUGACAUCAUAGAGACCUCAGAAGGUUCCAGGAAUGGUUUCCUUGCGUCAGAACCAGAUGAAUACGCUAGAGCUAUCCUGGAGGUGAUCGCUUUACCCUCGGAUGAGAAGAAACGUAUUGUGGAGGCUGCGAGAGCCUCAGUGGACCGUUUCUCAGAGAUGGAGUUUGAAAAAGCAUUCCUUAGAGCAACAGAGCCGCUUAUUAGUUUAGAA